UGGCUUCCCACAGAGUGAAAUGAUCAGAUAUCAUGGAUACCCCUGUGAGGAGUAUGAAGUUACCACGAAGGAUGGAUACAUACUUGGUGUUUUCAGAAUUCCCAGUGGGAGGAACAUGCAAAAUACAGGGGAAAAGCCAGCAGUCUUGCUACACCAUGGUACUUUUGCAGAUUGCACUUACUGGAUAUCUAACCUGCCCAGAAACAGCCUAGGCUUCAUCCUUGCAGAUGCUGGCUAUGAUGUUUGGUUGGGAAACAGCCGAGGAAACACCUGGUCUUCAAAACACAAGACCCUUAAGCCCUGCCAGAAAGAGUUCUGGCAGUUCAGCUUCCAUGAGAUAGGUAUAUACGAUGUCCCAGCUGAGCUGUACUUCAUCAUGAAUAAAACUGGACAGAAGGAUGUAUAUUAUGUUGGUCACUCAGAGGGUUCAACUGCAGGCUUUGUAGCAUUUUCUACAUAUCCUGAGUUGGCUCAAAGGGUUAAAGUGUUCUUUGCUUUGGGACCAGUAGCCACAAUCACAUAUGCUACGAGUCCUUUCGUAAAGUUUGCACGUCUUCCUCAGCCACUGAUCAGGUUACUUCUUGGCUGCAAAGGAGUUCUUCGCCAGAACGAACUGACAAAAGGGCCUUCAACACUGCUAUGCGCAACUCUGGGAAAACUUUGUGCCACUAUCUUCUGCUUCAUAGCUGGGGGCAGUAUACAAAAUCUGAACACGAGUCGAACAGAUGCAUUCGUAGCUCAUUACCCAGCUGGGACAUCAGUAAAGAACACUAUUCACUGGCAUCAGAUAGCACAAGCAGGCCAAUUCCAGGCUUAUGACUAUGGCUUGAAGGAAAACAUGAAGAAAUACAAUCAGCCUACUCCUCCUGUAUACCACAUAGAGAGGAUAAGCACACCCAUUGCUGUUUGGAGUGGCGGACAAGACAAAUUUGCAGGUCCAAAAGACAUUGCAAAGCUACUAUCUCAGAUUACUAAUCUCUAUUACCAUAACCACUUUCCUGAGUGGGGACAUCUUGAUUUCAUCUGGGGUCUCGAUGCGACUGAGAGAAUGUAUCGGAAAAUCAUUGAACUAAUAAUAAAGUAUCUUUGAAACCACAUGUAGAGUGUUGAUCCAUUUAGUAUAAACCUCCAGAAAUUUUAUUUGGCUAUGAGGGUGAUGCCUGGGGAAGAGAGAAACACACAGACAUGCAUAACGAAUACUACUAUAGGUGUUCACAUGUACUUGUUUGUUCCUUGCUUUCCACAAAGUUUGAGGUUUUACAUGAUGCUAUUGUGACCAGCGUCUUCCUGAGAAAGUUAAUGUGUAUGGGAAGGAAAACUGAAAACACAAAUAUAUUUGGGCAUAUUCUUCAGGGAUCACUUAAUUUAGACAGCUUUUAAUUGCACAAGACUGAUUUUCCUAAGACCAAACACUGUUGUUGUCUUCUGUAUCUUAUGUACCCCACAGCACCAUUAUCCCAUGAAGACACAAAAAUGGGAUUUGCUCAUCUGUCUGUUGAAGACAACUCACCUUUGUUUAAAUUAAAUCAUUUAUCCACUUGGCAGAGA